AUGUUGACUAGAAAGACAGAUUAUACGUUACAAGCGGCGAAUGGAUCUUCAAACCAGACAUAUGGUGAAACCUCGUUAACCCUAAAUCUGGGAUUUAAGCGAUCUUUUCCGUGGGUAUUCACGAUAGCCCAAGUUCGAACCCCGAUCCUAGGAGCGGAUUUCCUCGCCCACUUUAACUUGUCCGUUAAUAUGUCUUCCCUUUCUUUGGAGGAUAAAACGACCAACACUACCAGGAAAGGAAUUACAUCUAUCUAUACGAGCACAUGUAUCAGCGCAACUCUACCUGAAGCCAACGGAAUGCAGGAUCUCUUACAAAAAUAUUCUCAAAUUACAACACCAUUCCGUUAUGCAGAAACCAUUCGUCACAAUGCUGAGCACAAUAUUUAUAUUACGGACCCACCCAUGUAUUCAUCUCCACGGCGAUUGAGGCCUGAUAAAUAUAAGCUGGCGAAAGCUGAGUUUCAGCACAUGCUGUACCUCGGUAUAAUUAGACCUCCUACGAGUCCUACUCAUCUCCUCUUCAUAUGGUUCCAAAACAGGACUCAGGAGCUUGAAGUACUUGUGGCGACUUCCGGAAGCUGA